ACACCGGGAGGGAAGGGACGUGUGCCGUCUUCUUCCCUGGCGUCCUCGGGAUCUAAGCCCCUGUGGAGUGGAUGAAUGGAGUGUGUGUGACUGAGCGUGUCCUUGAAUAAGCCACUGCAGUGUGAUUUUGAGCCAGUCACCUACCUCUCUGGGCCUCGCCUUCCUCCACCCCGCCCCCACCACCCCAGCUGUGGGGAAUUGGGCAAAUAAUGUCUUGCCCCCUGAAAUUGGGAGGCGUGAUCCAGCUCACCUCCAAGCCUGAGCUGCCCCCUCUCCCUCCUGUGCACACGCACCCCAGCUUGUGUCCCAGGCUUCCCUCCCUCUUCAGCCACCCACACAGCACCUCCUCCCAGCCCCGCCCCUCCCAGGUGUCUGCAUCAGAGCAGCCAGCUCCCAGGGCACCUGAGACUCCAGGCAGCACACCAUGGGGGGUCUAAGGCCCUGGGCCCGAUAUGGGCUACUGGUUGUGGCCCACCUGCUGGCCCUGGGGCUUGGGGCUGCCAUGCUCCAGGUCCUGGAGGGGCCACCAGCACUCCGCCUCCAGGCCAAGCUCAGGGCGGAGAGGGCCACUUUCCAGGCAGAGUACGGGGCCUGCCUGCCACCUGGGGCACUGGAGGAGCUGCUGAGCACCGCCCUGGCAGCCCAGGCCCAUGGGGUCUCCAGCCUGGGCAAUGGCUCAGAGACCCGGAACUGGGAUCUGCCCUCGGCCCUGCUCUUCGCUGCCAGCAUCCUCACCACCACGGGUUAUGGCCACAUGGCCCCACUAUCGGCAGGUGGAAAGGCCUUCUGUGUGGUCUACGCAGCCCUGGGGCUGCCAGCCUCCCUAGCCCUUGUGGCCUCACUGCGCCACUGCCUGCUGCCUCUGCUCAGCCGCCCAGGGGCCUGGGUAGCCCUCCGCUGGCAGCUGGCGCCAGCCAGGGCUGUGCUGCUGCGGGCAGCUGCACUGGGCCUGCUAGUGGCUGGUACCUUUGUGCUGCUGCCAGCACUGGUGCUGUGGGACCUGCAGGGCGACUGCAGCCUGCUGGAGGCCAUCUACUUCUGCUUCAGCUCGCUCAGCACCAUUGGCCUGGGGGACCUGCUGCCUGGCCGGGGCCACGGCCUGCAUCCACUGCUUUACCACCUCUGCCAGCUUGCACUUCUCGGUUACUUGCUCCUGGGGCUCCUGGCCAUGCUGCUGGCCGUGGAGACAUUCGCGGAGCUGCCACAGGUCCGUGCCAUGGUGAAGUUCUUUGGAUCCAGUGGCCCUUUGACCGCUGAGGACCAAGGUGGCAUCCUAGACCAGGAUGAACUGGCUCUGAGCACCCUGCCACCCCCAGCUGCACCCUCAGAACAGGCCCCAGCUUGCUGACGGGUGUCAGGUGAUAGAGAUGAGCUCCUUUCAGGUGGAGCAGCCUGAGGAGGAAGCUGAGUGGUUGGGAAAGCUUCUGCGGAGGGGAGGGGAGGGGUGGAUGUGGGGACCUCAGGGAAUAAUGUGUUGAUCAAUAAAAUGGG